AUGGUCGACGGUGCGAGUGCGACGCACCGCGACAGCCCUGCUGAUACGUGUCUGGGUCGGUGGAUGCGGUCUGCGGUGGGUGGGUGUCCACGCAGCCGGCACCGUGUGCGGCGCAGGGCCAUUGCGGCUGCGCUUUUGGCGCUGCUUGUGGCGUUGGUGCUGGCUGCUGCGGCGGCGUGGAUGCCCGCGGUGCAUGCGGUGGUGCUGCGACUGCGGGGCGGCACGGUGGACAGAGCCAUCACGGUUGGCCGCGCCGUGGACACGGUGCUGAUGGACGGCGUGUCCAUCACGAACGGCGUGGCUGUUGUGUUUGACGUUGCGGCGAUGCUUCCCGGCGCGCUGCGCAUCGAACUGAGGAACUGCGUGUGCGACGGCGGUGCGCAGAUCUACGUGCGGGGCUACAGCGGCGAGCCGGCGAGUGACCGGAGCCUGGAGGUGAGCGUGAGCGGGCUGUCCGGCAGCUACUGCUCGCUUGUGUUUGUGCACAGCCUGCCGGCACACACGAACGUGACGGUCCGUGACUCGACGGUUGUGACGGCGGGGCCGAUGCGCUACUCGCAGCUGAGCGGGCUGACGGACGCGGUGGCGGCGCCGCUUGUGCUACACGCGACGUCGCUGUUACAGACACAGCUGCGUGUGAGCAACACUGUGCUGAGGUCGUCGCAGGCGGGCGGGUCGGCGGUGUACGUUGGCGGCGGUGUGGACCUGCUGUCGAGCGCGGUGGUGCUUGACGGCGUGUCGCUGGAGGCGUCGGGCGGUCCGACCGCCUCCGCGAUGCAUGUGGCGUCCUCGUCGAUUCUCAGUCUGCGGAGCCACUCGGUGUUCUCCGUGACGAACGUGUCGGUUGUGAGCAGCGGCGGCGGCCUUGUGCUUGGAGAGCGCCUCGCGGUGGUCGAUUCGGUGCUGCGCUUCGUGGGCGUCGAGGGGUCUGUCGCGUCGUCGCUGGUGCGCUGCGACGGUGGGACGAUCGGUGUCGGCGGGUGGCUGGAGCUGCACGACGUGUGGGCGGUGGGCGAGGCGUCGUCUGUGGCGUCGCUGUCGGGGGUGACGCUGAGCGGCGGCGCCGUGUCGAUUGCGCGCUGCGCUGCCACUGGCGCGACGCUUGUCUCCGGGCCGACGAUCACGAGCGGCGUCGUGUCGGUGCAGUGCAACCUUGCCGGCGGCCGUAUGCUGCAGAGCAGCGGCGACUACCGCAUGGCCGGCCUGUCCUCCGUGAGCGUGGUGCCGUGCGACGGCUGUGCGGCUGCGCUGGCGUGCUUUGCUGCGCUGACGGCGUCGUUCUCCGACUGCGUGUGCGGCUGCCGUGCCGGCGGUCUGGGCGAGGCGUGCCUGCCGUUCGACGUGCCGCCUGCGAGGUCCGGCGGCGGUGGUGGCGGUGCGCAGGACUGCGUGAGUGGCGUGACGCUGACGGAGUCGGUGACGGUUGGCGGCGGGCGGGCGACGGCGUGCUUCGACUCGGUGGUGUUCAGCGGGCCGAUCACCGUGACGGUGGACCUGCGUUCGAUGGACGUGUUCGCUGACGCGCUGAACGUGACGCUGCGCCACUGCGUGCUUGCGGGCGGCGCACAGCUGCGGAUUGGCGGCCUCAGCGAGAGCACGGCGCGCCUGAUGCCCCACGCCCUCGUCAACAUGACGAAUGUGACGUCGGUGGAGGGCACGAUUGUGCUGCAUGGCGCGAUGCCGCCGAACUCGAGUGUGGUGCUGGCGAACUCAACGCUGCGCGCGACGGUUGGCGGGUCGCAGUACGUGCCGACGACCCGUGAACACGAGAGAUUCCGGUACGGCCCCGCGCUUGUCCUGGACGGUGUCCGGCUUCUGUCGACGCGGUUUGUCAUGACGCGGUCGUCACUGGUGUGUGGCGGGGGCUCGUGCGCUGCGAUCCUCGUGGGGCGCGGCUUUGUCGUGAACCUGUCCAGCGUCUUCUACAUGGACAACUGCGCAGUGAGUUCGCAGACGCACGUGAUGUACGCUCUUGCGUCGGACCUGCGUGUCAGCGGUGGCUCCGUGUUCUCCAUACAGAACAGUUCUUGGAGUGCGCCGAGCACCGAAUACUACAACGGCGCGUGUGUGUUCAGGGAUGUCGCGGUGGAUGGCGGCAGCGUGCUGCAGAUUUUGUCUAGCACUUUCCGUUUCGGUUUUGCCAUGCUCAUUGCAAACACGCUGACUGUGACUGGCGGCAGCUGGCUGGUGCACCGCAACAACGAGUUCCGCACCGCCUACGUCGUGUACGUGGCCAAGGAGAACGGCGUGGCGUUUUGCGAUCGGAGUGUGUGGUCGAUACUUUACAACAAACUCACGUACCGCUCGUACUCGUCAACCAUUCCACGCAUGACAAGCAAGUGGUCACCACCGUCCGACUCGCGCCCGAUCAUCUACGGUGUGUGCAACGAGGCACGGGGCUCACCUGUGACGAAUUACCGAGACGACCUCAAUAUUUGGACGCCCGUGAGGGUGUUGGCCUGUGGUGCGUGCACCGUGGACGCCGUGUGCUUUGCUGCGAGGACGAGCAGCAUCAGCGGCUGUGAGUGUGUGUGCGCUGCUGGCGGCUACGGUGACACGUGUCUACCAGCUGCGAUUCCGGACGGCCUUGGGCCGCUCCCGCUCUCAGAUGCGAAGGACACGGAGGUCCGCUGCGUGCACGGUGGCAGCAUCAGCUCUUUGGACGUCCCUGAUCCCGGUGUGCGUGGUCUGUGCUUCGUCAACGUGACAUUCACCGCCGCGAUCGUGCUGGACCUGUCGUAUUUUGACGCACCGGAACAGACACUCAACGUCACGCUGCUGCAGUGCGUUCUCGUGGGCGUGUUGAUCAAGGGGAGUGGUGCGCGCGUGCACGUGAACGUGACAUCCUCGGUUUUGGAUUUUGGUGCAUUGGAGUUUAAGGGUGAUUUUGGCACUGGAUCCCAGAUACUGGUGGCGGGCUGUACGCUUGUGGCGACGUCGGGUUAUGCCAUUGCCUUUCCGGAAUUUUCCCUCAGUACGAACUCGACACUGCUACUACUUGACAACCUCAUUGAAGGAAGUAGUUGCGCAGUGUAUUUAUCCGAUGCUGUUGUUGUUGAUGGUGGCGGGAUCAUUAUAAAGGGAAAUACCCUGAGGGGUGCGGAAGAGGGCGUUCCGUUGGAAUCCGCUGUUUUGUUCGAAUCUGUUGUUGUGGGGAAUUGCGGCUACAUUGAAAUAGAGAACAACACGAUGAGCUCGGCUAAUGGCAUUUAUUUUUAUGGUGACACCACCGUGAGCUCCGCGGGGCUGCUGCGAGUGGCGGACUGCACAUUUGCUGGCAGCACGACGGUUUUGAAUUCCGUGCUGGUGUACUUUGACGGUUCUGUGAUUCUCGAAGGCGGUGCGCAGUGGCGUGUGGAGGGAAACAGCGUGGGUGCAGCCUCACUAUUGAGUAUUUUGUAUUCCCAGCACAACUUUGAGCUUUUGGGCAGCGGCACCACUGUGGUGCUUGCACACAACCGUCAGGUGAACUCGAGGGCUUCCUUUUUCAAUAUUUUCCCAUCGAGCAUUGUCGCGACGUUACCCGCGCGGUUUGUGGUUGGGUGCAACCUGCAGGGCGGUGAGGAGGCGUUGUACGACGACGUGUUUUCGGAGGGCGUGGAGCUGUUUGGGUGUGGCACGUGCAACGACGACGCGGCGUGCUACAUGCCCGGGACGGAGUCGGUGGACCGCAGCUCGUGCUCGUGCAGCUGCAAGGACGGAUGGCAUGGCGCGUCGUGUCUUCCCUUUGAGGUGCCCGACACGGUUGUGCCGCCCGUGGCGGAGAGAGCCGUCGACGGCGACACGAGCUGCGUGGUGAACCAGACGCUGACGGAAAUCACGCUGAGCAUGUGGAAGACGCACCACUGCUUCUUGGGUGUGACAUUCAGCGGCGUGGAUGCUGCGCUGACGUUCUUCUUUAACAGUAUGCCGCUGCAUCUCCCUAUCAACAUCACGCUCACUGGGUGCACGUUCCGUGAGGGUGCCGCGCUGGAGUUUGUUGGAGGUGCUGAGGCGGCCGAGUCAUCCGGCGUCCUGAUCCGCGUGAGCCAGACGGCGAUGCGGUCCUCCGUUGUUGUGUUUGCACUUGCCCUUCCGCAGCACUGCGACAUCGCCGUCACGGAGGUUGACGCGGUGCAGUCCUCCGCAGUGCAUUCGCCGGAAUCUGUGAACAACAUGCUGAGCGUAGUGCUGCUGCGGGAAGUCGUGUUGAGUGCGUCCUCGGUGUUGGUCAGCAACGUCAGGGCGCGUGCAACGAAGCGUGAUGCGUUUGGUUUGUACUCGACCGGGGCGCUGAAGCUGGUGGGUGGCAGCUCGCUGUACACGCGGUACUGCAGCUUUGAUGGGUACACACACCUUUUCCACGUAAAUAUCCUCAGUGUCAGUGACCGCUCUGUUUUUGCGCUGCUCAACAAUACAAUGUCCUCCGGGAAAAGCCUUUUGUAUCAGCACUCCCGAUUCAGCGUGUCGGAUCACAGCGUGUUGUGCGUGGUGGGGAACAGCGUCUUUUCAUCUUAUGCCAUUUACGUCAACAAAUUGUGGACUGUUGAGCGGUCAAGCUGGCUGGACUGGCGCGACAACGACGUGGGAGUGGGUGCGAUGUUCCACGAAUCCGAAUCCACUUUUGUGAGCAUUGACGACAGCAGUGUGGUGACGCUGACGGGCUGCAAGAUGGGCUCGACGGGGCUGUCGGGACCCCUGCUAUCUCGGGUUGACGCCGGUUACCGGUUCGUUGCUGGGUGCCUGACGGUCGCGGGACGUUUGCUGACGACGGCGGCAGAGCUGGAGCUCCACGGCAUCACCAACGUGACGACGGUUGCUGCGUGCGGGCAGUGCACGAAGGAGGGCGACUGCUUUGCACCGCUGACGACGGCGGUCAUUGGCUGCAAGUGCCAGUGCGCUGCUGGAGGGCACGGCGAUGCGUGCGUCCCGGCGCCUGUGCCUGCUGGCCCGCCGCCACUGCCCACGCCGCCACCGCCACCGCCACCGCCGCCCACACCACCGCCACCGCCGGUUGGUGAGUGCAUCAGCGACAUGGUGUACCCCGAGGUUGCGCAGGCUGUGGGCGGCGGGCUGUCGUGGCUGUGCUACCGCAACGUGACGUUCAGCGGGGGCGGCAUGAGCCUGACGGUGCUGAUUGGUGCGAUGACGGGCGACGUGGCGAACGUCACGUUCGAUGGAUGCACGUGGAGGGACGGCGCCGUGCUGUUGCUGUUGGGCAAUGCGUACGCCGCUGUGGGGUCGCUGAACAUCGUCGUCACCGGUAACACAUUUAGUGACGCGCUGCUCAGCCCGGAGGGUGAUUUUCCACCGCACACGAACAUCACGGUCAGCGGGAACCGCUUCACGGUCACGAGGCUGAUCCCUCGGUCGGGUUUGGACCUUGACAGCCCGUCGUGUGUUGCGAUGAAUAGGCUGUGGAUCAGCAACAACUCCGCGGUGGUGCUGAGUGGCAAUGUGUUUCAUAGCGUGACGGCAUCGUCAAGCGCCAUUCACGUUGUUGGAUCUGCGCUGAGGGUGUCGUGGCACUCCGUGUUUGCGGUGGUGGGCAACACAUUUCAUAUGGACGGCGGUAACAGUACGCUGAUACAUCUUGAGGGGUCUAGCCAGUCUUCGUCGCUGAGCGUACUGAACAACUCUGCCGUGGUGAUUCGAGGUAACUUUGUGUCGAGGCCGGUGCGCCAUUUCUUUUUCUUUUUCUGGGCCUUAGGUGUGGAGUCUCAAUCAUCGGUCGUGUUUCAGGACAACGACAUGCAGGGAAGCUCGGUUGUGUUUUAUUCAGAUUUUGCUUCCUACAUUUACUACAACUCCUGGCUGCAGUUGAGCGACAACCUGUGCCGUGUGUCCCCAUUGCAUGCGUUUGCACUCCUGAACCCCACGGUGAAUCUCCGCGACUCCACGGUGUCUGUGUCCGGCAAUCGAUUCAUGUCCAGCACAGGCACGCCGACAGCGCUGCGGAUAUCCACGGGGUCGAGCGAUCUCACAAACGGAGCGAUUUUGUUUGCGUGCAACACUGUGAACGGCGAGGAGCGGGUGAGAUACAUUAUUCCGUCCGUGUACAAUGCCACCAUUUUGACCUGCAGCGAUCCAUGCACCCUCGCGACGUCGUGCUUUCCCGCGUACACGACGACGGCCUCGAGUGAUGGCUGCACCUGCACGUGCGCUGAGGGCGGCCACGGCGAUGCGUGCCUGCCCGUCGCUGUCCCGAGCCA